AUGGUGUUAUCUCUCAGAAGGUACUUGAAUAGCUCUUGCAGGACACCGCUAUUAUACUUCACCACGAGAAAACAUGUGCCAACUCUCGUAUUCGGUAUACUAGCGGCUCUCCUUGCUAGUUUCGUCACACCUAUCUUUUCUGUCAUCCUUGGUGAAAUAUUCAAUUGCUUCACCCAAUACGGUGGUGGAGCCAUCACUGGUGAUGUUCUGAUCGAACGAGUAUCCGCAUAUUGUCUGAGACUGGUUGGACUAGGUGCGAUUGGUUGGCUCUGCAACAGUAUUUACUUCAUUCUCUUCGUGGCCUUUGGCGAACUACAGGCUGCGAAUUCCCGCGACAGACUCUUUGGAGAGUUGCUGAAAAAAGACCAACGAUGGUUCGAAGCACGGGAGGAAGGUACUCGAACUUUUCUGGGGUGUGUUCAAAUCCAAAUACAGGAACUGCAGAUGGCGACUUCGCACCCUUUGGGACUUGUGUUGCAAUAUUCCUUUCGAACCAUUAUCUCCUUGGCCUUAGCCUUCUAUACGUCGUGGAAACUCUCGUUGGUAAUUCUUGCAGGAAUUCCAAUCGUUUUGGCCAUAGUGCCUUUCCUCUCACCCAAAAUCGAAGCAAACAUUGAGGCGCAGAAGGAAGAGCUAACGAAAGCUUCCAAGAUAGUCAAUAUUGCAGUGGCAUCUAUUGAUACUGUCAAGUGCCUUAAUGGACAGAGCAUUGAGCUGAGAAAUUACGUUUCCAGGAUUGAUAAGGCGACUACAAAGUAUCUCAUACAAGCAUGUUUCAGCUCCGUUCAGAUAUCAAUUAUACGAUUCAUGAUGUUUGGCAUGUUCGUCCAGGGGUUUUGGUAUGGUAGCACUCUUGUGCACUCCGGAAAUCUGCUAGCAGGGAAUGUUUUGAGAACUUUUUGGGCUUGCUCUACAGCCGCGCAAUCAGUGGAAGCCCUAUUACCGCAAGUUAUUGUUCUCCAGAAGGGGAAAGUCGCCGCUUCUGCUCUACAAAAGAUUCUAGAUGACCGCACAGAUGAUGCGCCUACAAGGGAAAUGCAGGGCGCACUAUAUCCAAGCCAUUGUGAAGGCGACAUUGAAGUGACCAAUCUAUCGUUUUGCUACCCCUCUCAACCAAAUCGCCUGAGCCUAAACUCUGCAAGUUUCUUUUUCCCUGCUGGGGCAACAACUUUCAUCAUUGGUAAAAGCGGUUCUGGAAAAAGCACGCUCGGGCAGCUGCUCACUGGAUUCUAUUUACCGACAUCUGGAGAGAUACUCAUUGACGGCAAUCCCAUACAAACGCUGCGCGUUAACUGGAUCCGGAACAACGUCACGUACGUUGAGCAACGGAGCAUUCUCUUUAAUGAAUCGAUUCUCAAAAACAUUGCUUUCGGGAGACGUGACUAUGAAGACAUUCAGAAAGCUGAUGUGGAGGAAUCGAUUAGCCUGGCUAUGCUCAAGGGCACGAUUGAGAGCCUGCCGAAUGGGAUCGACACAUGUGUUGGAGACGGAGGUAGUUUUCUCAGCGGAGGUCAAAGGCAGAGAGUCGCAAUUGCAAGAGCCAGACUGAGGGAUACCCCAAUACUUAUUAUGGAUGAACCAACUAGUGCCCUGGAUGGCACAAAUCGAGUUGAAGUUAUCAACGCACUCCGGGAGUGGCGUAAAAACAAGACAACGAUAAUUAUUACUCAUGACAUGUCUCAUAUCAGGGACUGUGACUUUGUUUAUGUUUUGGAUCAUGGAUCGGUUCUGCAAUCUGGGUAUAAACAUGAGCUGAAGUACACCCAAAAAUGCGGAGAGUUUUUUGAUUCGCAUCAGAAGACUCAUUUUACGAGGGACGAAUUUCGGAAGCACUUUGGCGAGGAUGACGACCUGCUCUCGGACUCGGAUGCAUCUUCAACGUGCUCUACUGAGAAUUCCUAUGAUCAGAAUAAAGACAAGUUAUCUCGAACUCAUCACACAACCCCACCGCUACCACCUCCAAAAGCGUACCCUGGGAGAGUCCAGGCAAAAGCAAUGGCUGAACAGUUUACGAGCUCACUCGAGUAUGAUGGCUGGAGAGGCCGAGGCGAAGUCUAUCCUCCGAAUGUCCCAUUUGUGAAUCAGUUCGAAAUCCCAAUGGAGGAUCUUGAUCACACGCAAGGCAAGAGGUCGCAUAUGAAAACUCGUCGGCUAGAAAACCAAACAUCUCCUGCUGUUUAUCCUUCACGCCAGGUUAGGGACUCGGAUCACAAGAAAGUGACAUCGUCCUGGCGAAAAAGAAGGAUGAAUGCACACUUAAAACAUACCCAAUCACCACUGCGUCGAGCGCUGCAGACAGUACUGCCGAGCCUGACGUUGAAACAGCGUCUUUACCUGCUUGUCGCAACUUUCUGCACAUUAACACACGCCAGUGCUACUCCGAUGUUCUCAUUCUUCCUAUCUCAACUACUGCGUACAUUCUACAGUGAACACGACGACGGCAUGAAAUGGGCUCUGGCUGUCCUGGGUGUUUCGGUAUUUGACGCAUUCGCCACCUACUCAAUGCAUUACCUCCUAGAAUUAUGCGGUCAAAUCUGGAUUGAUAACCUUAGGAAAAGGGCAUUUGAGCGAGUAUUAGACCAACCUCGAGAAUGGUUUGAAGAGGAGCAAAAUAGCCCUUCCCAGAUAAGUACGUGUCUCUAUGAGAGCGGCGAGGAGGUCCGGAAUAUUCUCUCUCGUUUAGGAGGAUUUGUUCUAGUCGCUGCCUCAGUGACACUUAUGGCGGUUAUCUGGAGCCUGGCAAUUUGCUGGAAACUAACUUUUGUUGCGCUGGCCUGUGGUCCAGUCAUCUAUGCGAUUACUCGCGGGUUCGAGCGGACCAGCGGGAUAUGGGAUCAACGGUGUACUGAAGCUAGAACGACAAUAUCCAAUGUCUUCGUCGAGACAUUCUGUGAGAUACGCACAGUGCGGAGUCUGACACUCGAGCAUUACUUUCACCGAAAAUAUUUAAAGGCAGCGUCUAAGUGUUUGACAGUAGGGUUCAGGAAGGCAAUCUAUACUGGUCUUCUGUUUGGCCUAGUAGAGUCUACGAUUUCAUUCGUCAGCGCAUUAAUUUUCUACUAUGGCGCAGCGUUAGUGAAAUACCAAGAAUUCACUGUCGGGAACAUCAUGACCGUCUUCUCGGUUCUCCUGUUCAGCAUUUCAUACGCAAGUACCGUUGUGUCGUGGAUUCCCCAGAUCAGCUCCUCCCGCGAAAUGGCAAAGCGACUUUUACGCCUCGUCGACCUCCCAAAAGGCGCCUCCCACGAGCAUCUAGGACAAACAAAAAUCUCUAGAGCAGGAGCAGUGAAAAUCGCGCGGUUGAAUUUCGAAUACCCGUCACGACCGAAUGCCCCCGUUCUCCGGGAUGUCUCUCUCUCCAUCCCCACGGGCUCCUGCACCGCUAUCGUCGGACGUUCGGGCUCAGGCAAAUCAACCAUCGCCUCCCUCCUUCUCAAUCUCUACGAAACGCCUCGUUCUCGAUAUCCUCCAGAUACAUUCUCGCCCACAAUCUCCUUCGGUGGGAUCGAUAUCCACCAGCUACACACGCCCACGCUCCGCUCACUUAUCGCAGUCGUCGCACAACAGCCGACGAUAUUCCCCGGCACGAUCCAAGAUAACAUCAGCUACGGACUACCGAGCGACUCUCAUCUCAACACGCUGCAUAGUGUACGAGGUGCGGCAAAAGCAGCCGGGAUUGACGAAUUCAUCAUGUCUCUCCCCGACGGUUACUUGACUGUUAUUGGGGACGGAGGGGUGGGGUUCUCGGGAGGACAGGCGCAGAGACUUGUAAUUGCGCGGGCUCUUGUGCGACGGCCUCAGAUCUUGAUCCUGGACGAGGCAACUUCCAGUCUCGAUCCGAAGGGCGCAGAUCUUAUCAAGGAGACAGUGAGGGGCCUUGUUUCGACGAGGCAGGGCCUUACGGUUAUUAUUAUUACGCAUGCACGCAAGAUGAUGGAGCUCGCAGAUAAGGUCAUUGUUCUGGACCAGGGGCGUAUUGUCGAAGAGGGACCAUACAGAGCCCUAUCGAGAAAGCAUGGGGGGAAAUUAAGGGCUCUUAUUGAGCAUCCAACCGAGGAGACGUGA